AUCACUUCAGCUACCCAUUCUUCUUCUUCAUCUUCUUCUUCAACUUCCAAGCUCUCUGUUUUUUGAAAUUCUCAAUUUUCUGCGUAUAUAUAUAUAUAUAUAUAUAUUGACAAUGUUUCUCAGACCCAUUUCAGUUUCAGCCUUUCCUCUUUCACCCAUGAAAGGGGAUACCCAUAGUCAUAGAAGCCCAUUUCUGUUCUCAACUGCCCUGUCAUCUUCUUCUUCUAAUUCUUUCUUGAACUAUGCUUUCUCUUCCACUAUUUCUAUGAGAUUUAGGCAACGAAGAAGUGACAAAUUACUCGUUGUUUCUGCAACAAACAAGAUCGUUGGGACACCUCUAACUGGAGUGUUGUUUGAGCCAUUUGAAGAGCUCAAGAAGGAUGCUUUUGUUGUCCCGGUCUCCCCUCGAGUUUCGCUUGCUCGGCAGGGGUACUCCAAGGAGUCUGAAGCGGCGAUCAAUGAGCAGAUCAACGUGGAAUACAACGUGUCUUAUGUGUACCAUGCCAUGUUUGCCUACUUCGACAGGGACAACAUUGCCUGCAAGGGCCUCGCCAAGUUCUUCAAGGAGUCAAGUGAAGAAGAAAGAGAGCAUGCUGAAAAGCUGAUGGAAUAUCAGAACAAACGAGGAGGAAAAGUAACACUACACUGUAUAAUAAAUCCCCCCUCAGAGUUCGAGCAUGAAGAGAAGGGAGAUGCCUUGUAUGCUAUGGAAUUAGCAUUGUCUUUGGAGAAGUUAACGAACGAGAAACUUCUGAGCUUGCACAGUGUGGCAGGCCGUAACAAUGAUCCUCAAAUGACAGAAUUCAUUGAGAGGGAGUUUCUAGCAGAGCAGGUUGAAGCCAUUAAGAAGAUAGCAGAAUAUGUUGCUCAAUUGAGGAUGGUUGGCAAAGGCCACGGAGUGUGGCACUUUGAUCAGAUGCUCCUCCAUGAGGGUGAUGCUGCAUUUUGAUGAAUUACAGUGUUGUUUUUGUUCUUGGUUACAAUCUGCUUGUUGCUGCUGAAGUUCUGGGAUGGGUUUAUUUGCAUAAAUAUGUGUGCUUAUUUAGGUAAUUAAGGAUGAUUAGAGUGCAAAAUCAGAGAGAAUAAUAAGAACUUGUUACAGCAGAAGACAUGAAUCUUAUCAGUGACACACAAAUAUCUCAGCUGUCUUGUAUUAACAAUAUUGUAAUAAACUUAUCCUUUGUCUGAUA